AUGGUCUGUCACAAUGACCGCGGGCGCAUUUACACAAUGAAGCCCCUCAGUGAUCAGAACUCAAGAAUGUUAUUCUCCAAUAGAGUAUUUGGGUCUGAAGUUGUUUGUCCACCCCAUCUUAAAGAUGUUGCGGCUGAAAUUUUGAAGAAGUGUGGUGGUAUGCCGCUUGCAAUUGUCACUAUAGCUAGCCUACUAGCUACUCAAGUGAGAUCAAAGAAACACUGGGAGAGCAUAAGGAAAUCUUUGGGUGCCCAUUCUGCCACAAAUCCUUCAUUGAAAGAGAUGAAUAGUAUAUUAAACCUUAGCUACACCCAUCUGCCUCUUCAUCUCCGGCCAUGUUUUCUGUACCUUGGUAUGUAUUCUGAGGACCACAUCAUACCACGGGAUGAUCUGGUUAAACAAUGGAUAGGUGAAGGCUUUGUCAGUAGUUUGCAUGGGCCAGAUUUGGAGCAUGUUGGCAGGAGUUAUUUCAAUGAGCUUAUCAAUAGAGGUGUUGUGUUGCAGAGUACAUGA